GGGUGAACAAUGGCGACAAGAGGGCUUUGAGGAGAAUAGGGCGAGGGUGACGACGAGUAGUGUGAAAAGAGAUAGAAGAAGCGCAUGUACGAUGGGCAACUUACAGCAGGUGUAGGAUAUCAUAUAAUUGACCUUACACACAGAAGUAUACAUGUUCCGAGAUAUGGUAAAGUGGCCCUAGUUGGGGGGAAACUCCAUUAUCCAACACAAAGCGCCAACUCCCAAGUUGUGCGAGGGAACAAGACCGUUGGGAAUUUGGAUCAAAGCCCCUUGGCUGCCCAAUCGUAUUGACUGUUGGGAAGACGGCUUUUAAGCGAUGUUGAGGAGAUGGUGGUGGGGAGACGGCUUUCCUCCUUCACUUCCAGCGUUGGGAAUCUGCUCCUCGUUGCGUCCAUCGCCAAAGCCUUAGCAGAGCCCGGAGGAUCGCGAAACCUCAACUCCUCCACCCCCCUUUCCGAAUAUCUCGUCCUCCGAGUCCUCCGCCGCAACUCCCUCGACGCAUCCAGGAAGCUCGAUUUCUUCCGAUGGUGCUCUCUUCUCCCCGAAUUCAAGCAUUCCGCCGCCACGUACUCCCAGAUUUUCAAAACCAUUUGCACUUGCCGCGGCUACCACGACCAGAUUCCCGGCCUUCUCGACUCCAUGAGGCACGACGGCGCAGAGCUCGACUCCCCCACCUUCAAGCUGCUCCUCGACUCAUUCAUCCGAGCUGGCAAGUACGACGCCGCCCUCGAAAUUUUGGAUCUAGUAGAAAGCAAUUUUUCAGAUGACAUUGUUCGCAAUAGCUUGAGCAAUGUUGCUUAUAACUCCGUUGUGGUUGCACUUGUCCGGAAGAAUCAGCUCAGCACGGCCUUAUCCAUGUUCCUCAAACUAUUAGACUCUAGUAAGAAAGGCGAUUUCAUAGAAGACCAUUUUUCCUGUAAUGAACUGCUUGUUGGCCUCAAGAGGGCUGGUAUGAGAGCUGAGUUCAAACAUAUCUUUGAUAAGCUCAGAGAAAGGAGGCAUCCUUAUCCAUUAGACAGGUGUGGCUAUAAUAUAUGCAUUCAUACUUUCGGUCUAUGGGGAAAUUUGGACACUUCUCUAUUAUUGUUUAAAGAAAUGAAGGAGAGGGGUGAUGCCUUUACUCCAGACCUCUGCACUUAUAACAGCCUCAUUCAAACUCUAUGCUUUCUCGGGAAGGUGAAUGAUGCUCUCAUCGUCUGGGAGGAACUGAAGAGUUCUUCAGGUCUGGAACCCGAUUACUACACUUACCGCAUUCUGAUUCAUGGCUGCUCAAAGUCAUAUCGAGUAAACGAUGCCAUGAGAAUAUUCAAUGAGAUGAAGUAUAACGGCCUGCGAGCAGAUACCUUUGUUUAUAACUCUCUAUUGAGCGGAUUACUGAAGUCUAGGAAGCUAACAGAUGCCUGCAAUCUGUUCGAUAAAAUGGUUGAAGAUGAUGGUAUUCGGGCCAGUUGCUGGACCUAUAACAUUCUCAUUGAUGGUUUGUUUAAGAACGGAAGGGAUGUGGCGGCUUAUACACUCUUCUGUGAUUUGAAAAAGAAGAGUAACAAUUGUGUGGACGGGAUAAGUUAUAGCAUUGUGAUUUUGCAUCUCUGCAAGGACGGUAUGUCUGAGAAAGCAAUGGAGUUGAUGAAUGAGAUGGGAGGCAGAGGAUUUACUAUCGACUUGGUCACUAUCACUUCACUAUUGAUUGCAAUCUACCGUGAGGGGCACUUGGACUGGAUCGAUAAGCUUUUAAAGCAUAUUAAGGAUAGGAAUUUAGUUCCCAUUGUAUUAACGUGGAAAGCGUCCAUGGAGACUAUGCUAGAAGCUAGACAAAGCAAAGAAAAAGACUUCACACCAAUGUUUCCAUAUGAUGGCGACUUGACCAAUGUUUUAAGCGGUAUUGUCGGAGGCUUAGGUACAGUAGAGAGAGGGGCUUACACAGGUGAUGAUGAAAUUGAUCCUUGGUCGUCGUCCCCAUACGUGGAUUUUCUAGCUAGCCAAACGAUCCCUAACACUCCCUCUCCACAUUUGUUCACACUUUCCAAAGGAAAACGUGUCGCUGACAAGGAUCCAAAUUCAUUUGAUUUGGACAUGGUGAAUACAUUCUUAUCCGUAUUCCUAGCUAAGGGUAAAUUGAGUUUGGCCUGCAAAUUACUUGAGAUUUUCACAGAUGUGGGGGGUAUGGACCCCGUGAGCUACACCUAUAACUCCAUGAUGAGUUCAUUCGUCAAGAAGGGGUACUUCAAUGAGGCGUGGGGUGUUUUGCUUCAAAUGAGAGAGAAGGUCUGCCCAGGGGAUAUAGCAACAUAUAAUGUUAUAAUUCAAGGUCUUGGAAAGAUGGGAAGGGCAGAUAUGGCAAGUGAUAUUCUUGAUAGACUGAUGAGUAAGGGCGGCGGUUACCUUGACAAUGUGAUGUAUAACACAUUGAUUAAUGUGUUUGGGAAAGCGGGCAGGAUUGAGGAAGCAAAUCGGCUUUUCCAACAGAUGAAAAGUGUGGGGAUAAAUCCUGACGUUGUGACUUAUAAUACACUUAUUGAAGUUCACAGCAAGGCUGGGAGGCUGAAGGAAGCUUAUGAAUUUUUGAAGAUUAUGUUGGAUGCUGGGUGUGUCCCAAACAAUGUGACUGAUACAAUUCUAGAUUCCCUCGAGGAGGAGAUUGAGAAUGUGAGAUACCAAAAGGCAUCAAUAAAAGGCCCUAAUGUAAAUGGUUAGCUUCCUUAUGAAUAACAUUUUUUUGGCAUAUCUACAGUUGACUGUAUGUACACUGGGACAAUUCUGUAAUAUGCAAAAAAAAAAGUACAAGUCUGUAAUUCACUCUUCCGAGUCCUUCGUUCCAUGCAACUUUAUUUUGGCAAAAUAUGUCUUCAAGGCUUGAAGCGCCUACACAUUACGGAGUAAAUUUUGAUUCCAUUGACCACCUCAACUUAUAGUUGGACAUUCACGGACCUAUGAGCACACCAUAGAUAAAUUAACACCCCACCCAUCACUAUUUUUGUCAACAUCUUACAUAAUUCCCAACAUCUUUUUGUAAUCAUCAUAACUCAUCAAGGUCCUCUCUCUUCUGGCAUAAUUUUCCAUUGAUGCGCAAAAUAAAUGAAAAAUGAAAAUGAAAAUGAAAUGACAACCCGAGUAAUAAUUCAUCAGUGACUUGUUUUAUUUGGAUGACUUAGACAGCAAGUCAAUUAGCAAUACCAUGUGCUCACAAUGACCUGCUCAAUAUAAAGUAACAAAAAUUCAUUUUGUACACCUUAUACACAUCAAUACACCCCUUUGUCUGUGAGAGUUUAUUUUUGUCUAUGAAUUCCAGACCACAGACAAAAAUUGGCUUGUUUUGUCUGUGAAAAAUUCUACAGACAAAACAAGUCAGUUUUUGUCUGUGGACUGGAAUUCACAGACAAAAAAAUCUCGCAAACACGAGGGUGUGCUGAUGUGUAUAAGAAGGUGUACACCAAGAAUUGUUGAUAAAGUAAGAUGCAUUCCAAUACCGAGUCCAGGAACCAACCAGACAACUUAGCUAAGAAGAGUAAAAUGUAUUGUCCCCGAUUUAUUUCAUAACUAGUUAACAUAGACUUUUAAAAUAUUCGGCAAUUAGCCCUAUAGGAUUAAAAGUAGCCCUAAAUGUAAUAAUAAGACUAAUCCUUCGAUUGAAUGACAUAAAUAUUACCCCUUAUGUCCCUUAAAACUUUGUCAAGUUUGUCCGGCACGGAGAUUUAUAAAGUAAAAAGUUUGUGGUUGAAGUUUGUGCAGAGAAAAGAGAAUUAACAGGAACCACAAAUUCUUUAUUUGAAAAGGAAAGUGGCAAAGUUAGUGGGACAUCCAAAAAAGGAAAGUUUACAAAAAUUUAAGGGACGGAAGGAGUACUUUUCGGCUUUUAAUGGACAAAAAUAUGACCAAAUUUCGUUUAGACAAAAAAUUGACAAAAAAAGACACAAAAUUGAAUUUCGUUGAUAAUCCCUAACCGCCACUUCUAUUCUAUCGUUUCUGCGCUUGAAGACCAGUGGACUCCUACGGGAUUGAGCAGGCACGCAGAUCGCAGUACUGAGCAGACGUGUAUAUCGCAGGGGUGGAUCAGAGCCGAUGGAUUGUUUCUUCCUCCGCUACCUUGGCCAUUGCCAUCGCGAUCUGUCAACAGAGGAACGGAUCACCGCCGCCGUCCUUGCACUGGUCUUUGCCGCCGUCUUCCUCGCCCUACAAACCUCUUCUUUUUCUUCCCUUUCUAUUAAAAGUGUUGAACUUCUCGAGAUCUCACGUCGAUCUAACCACAACGAUUGUGAAGGAGAUGGAAUGGUGGGCCGGGUCGAGUUCACAAAGCGGCAGGUAGGGUUCAAUGAUGCGGCCACUAGGGUUCGACGAUGCGGCAACGGCUAGGGUUCAAUGAUGGGAUGGUGGUGACGAGGAGGGAAUGGUGGGCCGGGUCGAGGCUAGAUCGGAGUUGGGGAGGGGUGGAUCAAGGCUUUGUUGGGCUAGUCGGAGCUGGAGCAGGGUACGGCUAUUGAGGGUGGGUUAGGGGGCGAGCAAGGGGCAUGUAGAUGAGGAGGGGUAAGGGCAGCAGGCGAUUUGGCAGUGUCGGUGGUAUGGCGAUGCCGAAGGCGUCAGGUGUCACUGGCGGUGGAUGGUGGUGGUGUCACAGUCACGGUAUCACUGUGACAAGUAGCGAUAGUGACAUGACGAUGGCGAAAGUGGCAUGAAAAUAAGGCAGUGAAAUACAUAUAUAGUUGGGGAGAUUUUCCAAAAUAUGAGUAAAUGAAGUUUGGAAUUCCAAAAUAGGACUACUAUGUUUUUAUUCCCGAAUAGGACUAACAUGAUAGUAUUUAUUGUCAUCUUGUAGACGUGACUGUCAAAUAGUUGCAGUACAGUGCAUUUAACAUAGACAGUAUUAGUUAUGAUUAAUGACAGUAUUUUUCAAUUAUGACAGUAUUUUUCAUACAUGGCAGUAACAACUUUUAUUUCAAGAAUAAAAACAUAGUAGUCCUAUUUUGGAAUUUCAAACCUCAUUUACUCCUAUUUUUAGUAAUUUCCCUAUAUAGUUGUCACUUUAUUUUAGUCACAUUUGUGUCCCAAUAGAAAUAUGAUCACAUUUUUGAAAAUUAACUUUAAUUUAGUAAUAUCAAGAAAAAACUCUAAUCCUUUUAUUCUCAUAAUAGGAGUAAUAUGGGUUACUUUUUCCUAUUAAUAGAUUAAUAAGAAAAGCAUUAUUUUAUUUACAAUAAAAUAUAAAAAAUAAUAAAAUUAUUUAUAAAUUAAUAAUAAAUACAAGAAAAAGUAAAAUAAAAAAUUAAAAAAAAUAAAAACUUAAAAAAUCUAAAUAAAAUAAAAUAAAAUACCCCAAAAAAUAUUUAAAAAUAUAUAGGCCAUCAUCACCGCAUCGUCCACCUCACAGCACCACCAGCUUCGAUCACUGGAAAAAAUACCAUCUUGUGUAAAAAAGAUGCCACAUUUCUUUGAAAAUUGUCAUGAUUACAUUUUUACUAUUUAAAAAUAUCUAGCUUUCUUUUCAAAAUUGUCAUCACAGUGACAUUCUUUUUCAACUUGGCAUUCUUUUUCGAUGACCGCAAGUGGCGGUGCUGGAAGGUAGCUGAGGUUAGGGAUGGAUUGAGCUGGUUCGGACCAAUCCGAACCACUACUGUGCGGUACCAAACCGGACCAACCAGCCG